AUGAACAAAGCCACUGACAUCUCGUUGAAAUCAUUCCCCUCUAACACGGGCUUAAAACCCAAGGCCACUCUACCGCAAACCCGGGAAACCAAUUGCCACUUCCUAACGACCGAACCGACCCCACCGAAAAACACUCAACCCAACUCGUCAUCGAAUCUGUUUUCCAGCAGCAGCUACAAUGUGCAGAGCGGAUGUGCGGCUGCAACAACAUCCAAAAAACAAGCCCGGUCUCCAGUCCGUAGUUCGAAGAACUUCAUGGGGUGCCACCCUCCAAAAUGCCCAACCAACCCCAUUGUCGCCGUCAACUCUACCAGUACUCCAAAGCUAUCGUCUGGCGGCGCCAGAUCAUCUUCAAACCACGUCGGAGCUGCUGACGAACUUUGCACCAUCUCGCAGUUGCCAUCCCCAACGGAAAGAAUCACUGCUUCUAGAUCGGAAAUAGUUUUCGACAUCGGCUUCAAUAUUGGAGAUGAAUCCAACACAUCCCCCGGUGAAGGAGAGCCAUCAAACAAAAUGGGCAACAACACUGCUGAUGACAUUCUGCCGUUAUCUUCAGAGAAAACGAUGGCAACGGUCAGUGCUGCUCUUUCCAGUGUGGAUCGUCAGGUUUUAUCAAUUGCUUCGUCAUUCCUGGGCCACGCCAUCCGCUCCAACUAUAUGGACAAAAGCAUCAAAGCCAAGAAGAAGGUUAUCAGGAUGCUGUUGGUCAUUAUUAUGGAAUUCGUUGUGAGUUGGGCCCCGCUACAUAUACUAAAUACGGCCCAGAUGACAACCCAGCGGAUGCGGAAACCCUCCCAAUCCCUCUUCAAAUUCCCAAACUACCCAUUCCGCAGACCAAUCUGCAGAUCAUUCCAUUCAUCUCAAUGAACGUCCCAUAAACUACUACAAAAAUCAGUUAAGGUACACUGGGGCAAGUGCACGAACGGGAAUAAAACAUCAACUAGGAGCCAUGUACUCGGGAUGUACAUCUUUAGUAGAAGAAGCUGGAAAUUGUGAAGAUUUUAAUUAUUAUUUAGAAUGUUAUGAGUAUCAGAUAGCUGGAUAGAUUAUGAGAUCAGUUAUGUGCCAGGACAUCGUCUGCAUGAAGGUUACAUGACAGGUUGUGAAGCUUUCCUUCCUGGGAUGUUUUGUAGUGUGCUAUGAAAAUUUUAAACCAUGAAAAUAUGAAGGUACAAAAUACAAUAAUAUAAAUAUAUAAAAGCACGAAAAUAAGAAAACUUUAUAAUAUGUAAAUAAGAAACAUAAAAAUAUGAUGUAAUAAACGUAUAAAACUUGCUGUAUGAAAAUAAAAAAAAAAUGAAAACAUGAAACUAAAAAAAUGAAGAUACAAAAAUAUGACUACAUAAAAACAUAAAAGCCUGAGAAUCAGGGUUUGCAGAACCGCUCUCAAUAGAUAACGAACAACGAUAAAAGAGAGGCAAAAACUGUUCCGAAUCAUAACAAGCCAUGAUAACAAGUUUAUUAAACUUGUCGGAUAGGCAGCCCCCACAGAAAAAUAGUGAUUCUCACUUUAUUUUCGCUCAUUUCAUGUUGGUUACUGCACAGCUGUGUAUAACAAGUUGAAAUGCAUCAUCAGAGCCAGUGCUCCCCGUAUUUGGAGCUUUGUAAAAGAAAGUUAUCAUGGGGUAUAGCCUCCCGAAUCAGUUCUCUAUCAUGACAGCUUGCGAGAAAAGUUUCUCACGGUAUGCUACAUAUCGUAUUUGUAUACAGAGAUGAUAAGUGAGAGACUUGUUAAUUCUCUUUAGGAGUCAAUCCCUGCUGAGAAUAUGAAAAUAUUGAAAAUCUGAAAACAUAAAAAGUGAUACAAAAGUAUAAAAUUAUUAAAAUAAGACAAUAUGAAGAUCUGAAAAUAAGAUAAUAUAAAAAUAUGAAAACACAAAAAUAUAUAACAUGAAAAUAUGAAAGUAUAUAAAUUUAAAUAAUGAAAAUUAAAAAAUACGAAAAUAUUUAUUAGCAUUAGCAUUGUUACGGUGUAAUUCGUAGAUUGGACACUAGUGAUACUCAUGUUUUACUUUUAAGAUCCUUAUCUAGAAUACUAUCAGAAAUCAAGAAGGGGAGUGGUCCUUGCUCCCAGUCUUAAACAAAAAUAACAAAAUCAUGAGGAUUACUACUCCUGGCCACGCCCAUCUUCACCGUAACUAGGGAGAGGAAAAAUGUGUUGAUGUAGUACUUACUUAACGAGAGGCCACCGACUUAGCGACACCCUCAUAAGUACCACGGAGUUGGAUAAUGAGGAAGGUAUUCGUUGGGUCAGGAUUUGCCUGUAGCUGGCAAUGUAACCGUGGUAGAUCUUAUUCCGUAGCACACCACGUAAAGGUGUCUACCCAGCGUUACGGGUCAUUUAAAAAUACGAAAACAUGAAAAUAUAGAAAUAUGUAAAUAUGCAAAUUAAAUUAUAAAAACAUGAAAGUAUAAAGAUAUGAGAAAGAUAAGAAGUUUAAAAUAUAAAAAUUGAAUAUUAGAAAUUAUAACAAUCAGGAGGGGGUUCCGUAGCGUAGUUAGCUACACGUUCGCCUUACAAGCGAAUGGUCAUGGGUUCGAUUCCCAG